AUGAAACCAAGAUUCAGAUUUUCACUUUUCUUCUUCUUGUUGGCCUCUAUAUCAUUCAGUGCUGAAUCAAAGUGUAGCAAGGGUUGUGAUUUAGCUCUAGCUUCCUACUACCUAUGGAGUGGUUCUAACCUCACAUAUGUUUCAAAGAUUAUGAAAUCCAAGGUUCUUUCCAAGCCUGAAGAUAUUUUAAGUUAUAACAAAGACAAGUUGACCAACAAUGAUUCCAUCAGGGUUAACAUUCCGUUCCCUUGUGAUUGCAUCAAUGGUGAGUUUCUGGGUCACACAUUUCUGUAUACGUUUCAGCCAGAGGAUACUUAUACAUCAGUUGCAAGCAAGAGUUUUUCUAAUUUGACCACCGAUGAGUGCAUGCAAAGGUCAAACAUUUAUCCACCUUACAAUAUUCCUGAUUUUGAAUUGCUUAAUGUCACUGUUAACUGUUCCUGUGGGAACAGCAAGGUUUCCAUGGAUUAUGGGUUGUUCAUCACAUACCCACUUAGACCAGAGGACACUUUGCAGUCAAUUACAAACCAGACGAACCUUGAGGCUGAGUUGUUGCAGAAGUACAACCCUGGUGUGGAUUUCAGCCAAGGAAGUGGUCUGGUUUAUAUUCCAGGGAAAGACCAAAAUGGUAACUAUGUGCCCCUUCACCUUAGCACCGGAGGUUUAGCAGGUGGGACUAUUGCUGGAAUAUCUGUCGGAGUAGUAGCAGCACUUUUAUUAUUGGCACUUUGUGUGUAUAUUUACUACCACAAGAAAAAGGCAUGGGAGAAAAAUUUGAUCUUGGAUGAUUCCACAGUGAACUCUGCUCCAGUUAUUCAAGAUUCUGGUGAUCCUGCUGCCAUUGGUGGUACUGGAGUCACAGGGAUUAAGGUGGACAAAUCACCAGAGUUUUCAUAUGAAGAACUAGCCAAUGCCACAAAUAACUUCAGUAUAGCUAAUAAAAUUGGUCAAGGUGGUUAUGGGGUAGUCUACUAUGCAGAGCUGAGAGGCGAGAAAGCUGCUAUCAAGAAGAUGAAGAUGCAAGCAUCGAAAGAAUUUCUCGCUGAAUUGAAAGUCUUGGCUCAUGUUCAUCACUUGAACUUGGUACGCUUGAUUGGAUAUUGCGUCGAGGGUUCUCUCUUCCUUGUCUAUGAAUACAUUGACAAUGGAAACUUAAGCCAAAACCUACGUGGUUUAGAAAGAGAACCUUUGCCAUGGUCUACAAGGGUGCAAAUAGCUCUGGAUUCAGCAAGAGGUCUUGAAUACAUUCACGAGCACACUGUUCCUGUAUAUGUCCAUCGUGACAUAAAAUCAGAAAAUAUUUUAUUAGACAGAAGCUUCUGUGGCAAGGUUGCAGAUUUUGGAUUAUCCAAGCUGGCUGACGUUGAAAAUUCAAUCGUGGCGGGUACAUUUGGUUACAUGCCACCAGAAUAUGCGCGUCGCCAUGUUUCUUCUCCCAAAGUAGAUGUCUUUGCUUUUGGAGUUGUUCUUUAUGAACUUAUUUCUGCUAAAGAAGCUGUAAUCAAGGAUGGUGCUGAAUCAAAGGGCCUUGUAGCUUUGUUUGAUGAAGUUCUUGGUCAUCAGUCAGAUGGUCUUAAAAGUCUGGUGGAUCCUAGGCUUGGAGAUAAUUACUCGAUUGAUUCAGUUCAAAAGGUGGCACAACUAGCCAAAGCAUGUACAGAGAGAGAUCCGCGACGACGUCCAAGUAUGAGAUAUGUUGUGGUUGCUCUUAUGACACUUAAUUCUACAACUGAGGAUUGGGAUAUUGCAUCCCUCUACGAAAAUCCAGCUCUUGUAAAUCUAAUGUCUGGAAAAUAA